AUGGGUAAACGAUGGGGUAUAAUUCUAGACGCAGGCUCGUCAGGAACUCGCCUCCACGUUUACAAAUGGCUCAACAACGCGAAAGCACGACAUGACGCGAAGUCGCACGAAUUGACCAGUUUACCUGUACUAGAAACGAAGAAACAUUAUACGAAAAAGGAGCGACCCGGCGUGUCGACCUGGGGUGACCAUCCCGAAGAUGUUGGACCUGAACACAUUCAGCAAUUCCUCGAUCAUGCCUUGAAGAUUGUACCGAAGGACCAGGUGAAGGACACACCCAUAUUCUUGAUGGCGACAGCAGGUGUACGAUUGUUGGAACCUAUGAAGCAGAAAGCUCUCCUAGCCAAUAUCUGCUCGUACGCCCGAGCUCACUCGGAAUUCUCAUUGCCCGAUUGCGAUUUACACAUACAAGUCAUUCCGGGAGACAUAGAGGGACUAUAUGGCUGGAUAGCAGCGAAUUAUCUGCUAGGCGGUUUCGAUAGCCCAGAAAAACACGCUCAUGGAAAGGGUCAUCACACUUAUGGUUUUCUCGAUAUGGGCGGCGCUUCCGCGCAGAUUGCCUUUGCCCCAAAUAGCACCGAAGCCGAAAAGCACGCGAAUGAUCUCAAAUUAUUACGAAUGCGGACCGUUAACGGGGAAUCAGCAGAAUACAAAGUGUUUACGACAACUUGGUUAGGAUUUGGUGUAAAUCAAGCCAGAGAAAGAUAUGUCGAAGCAUUGGUUGAUGAGCAUAUGCCUGGUACCCACGAGCUUCUGGAUCCGUGUUUACCAUCUGGUCUGAUCACCAGGCUCGACGGCACUCCAAUAACAAACAGCAAAGAAAGCGACCCCGUUUUACUUGGUACUGGGGAUUUUUCGAAGUGCACGGCAAAAACAUAUCCACUUCUCGACAAAGAUGCGCCUUGUGCAGAUAAGCCGUGUUUAUUGCACGGUCAGCACGUCCCAGCGAUUGACUUUGACGUCAACCACUUUGUUGGAGUAUCAGAAUAUUGGCAUACGACACAUGAGGUUUUUGAAAUGUCACACAAGGAUAAGGCAUACAACUUCUCAAAAUACCAGGCGUUGGUGCAGGAUUUCUGUGCAGCGGAAUGGGAUGAUAUCAAGAGCGAUAUAGCACAUAAGAAAUGGGGGAAGAAGGUCGAUGCAGAUACUGCACAGAAGGUCUGUUUCAAGGCAGCCUGGCUGAUAAAUGUCCUCCAUGACGGCAUUGGAAUACCUAGAGCCGGUAUCGAAAAAACGGUAGAAGGACCAGGAUACAACAAAACCAAGGAAUUAGCCGGCGGAAAAGAUCGACCAUUUCUGGAUCCAUUCCAAGCAGUCAACAAGGUUAAAGACGUGGAAGUGAGUUGGACUUUAGGCAAGAUGGUUCUUUACGCUGCUGGGCAAAUUCCGCCUUCUCAAUCAGAUGCUCUUCCUGUCGGUUUUGGGAGCAAUGUCGCCGGGAUUCCAGCGGAUUUCCAGUUAGCGGGAUCAAAUUCCGAUCCGGUCCCAAUGGGUGAUGAUGAUGAUUAUUUGUCAGAUGUAGCUGAAGAUCUCGCCGAGAAAGCUCACCGAUCAGGGUCUACUUUUCUCUUCCUUGUUCUAAUCUUUAUAUUCCUCGGCUAUAUCUUUAGAAAGCGAGAAACUAGGCUUCGCUUUUAUCGUGGUGUUGGAUCAACUUUCAGACGAAAGGGUAGACCUGGCAGUCCCAGAAAGGGCGGAAGACGAUUUUUCGGUGCAGGAAAGCUCUUUGGGCUGAAUACGCCACACUAUGAACGAGUUCUUGAAGAUGGAGAUGCAGCCAACGAGUUCGAAUUAGGGGAAGUGGAUUCUGACGACAACGAGAAUUCUGACAGCAGUGAAGGAUCACGUCUAGGGCGUGCUUCAGGGCUUGCCACACCAAGGAUGAACGUGGUACACUUUGACACUGGCAGUUCAGCCACGAGCUACUUUGAUUCGACACCUGGAGGCCCGAUCGGCCUUGGGCUACACAGUAACGGAAGCGGAACAUUACCCAACGCCAUGGAUCGCAGUGGUCUAGUCGUCAGAACUGAAAGUCGAGAGAGACUAGCGCCAACAAUGCAAAAGCUCGGCGCGGGAAGGAGAAGCAGGACAGGUUCACCAACGAGGCAGAAGAGCCCAUUAAUGACACCACUGGAGGAGGAUUGA